AUGAAGCCCGUCAAAGUACUCGGCAAUCUACUGUACUUCCUCCCCCUAUUGACCCAGUCUGUGGAUGCAAUUGUGGGAGGAAGUGACGCGUCUGCGAACGCUGCGCCUUUCACAGCAGCGGUCAUAUCGAGCACCGUGUUUGGCGACUCUUAUAUCUGCGCCGGCUCGCUGAUUAGCUCGAACACCGUUCUCACCACCGCUGGAUGUGCCGACGGAUCCUCAGCGUCGUCGCUGAAGGUCCGAGUUGGCAGUCUCGAGCACGCUGCCGGGGGCAGGUUGAUCCAGGUGGUGAAAGUCAUCCAACAUCCCAACUACAACAGGAAUACCCGGGAUUCUGACUUCGCCAUUCUCCAUCUGGCGUCCUCGGUCGCGGAUAUCGAACCCGUAGCAAUUUCCGAGCAAGCGACAAUAACAGGGGCCCCUGUUAGCCUUUAUGGCUGGGGACUGACUGGCAAGCUGUCGACCGAGAAUGCUCGAGUGUUGCAACGGUUGGAUUCAACAUUCAUCUCCGCCGAUGACUGCAACCCAGUGUGGUCAGAUGUCAACCCGGUGACUGGAAACAUGAAUUGUGAUGCUGCCCCCGAGAAGCAACAGGGAUCCUGUGACCGUGACCAAGGAGGUCCGGUUAUUAGCGAAGCCGGUGAACUGGUGGGCCUUAUAGGUUACUACAACUACUGUGAGCAGAGCUCGAAUGGUCGCCCUGAUGUCAAUAAUGAUCCGCUGAGUGCAUCCGAUUGGAUCACUCAGAAUACGAUCUGA